AUGGGCAAGAAGCGCAAGAGACCCGUCAAGGACUGCGGUCCCACGCCCGCGUCUCAGCCUAGUAUCACCGCAUCGCCCGGGCGUUUCAAAGUCGCCAAAGUUCCAGUAUCGCAAGACGACCAGAUGACAACACACCCCGUGAUUUCGCUAUACUACCGACAAGUCCUGACUUUGCGACAAUACCUUCUACGCCAACUCCCCGCUUCUUCAAAGUUGCGACGCCGGCGCAUCGCUUCACUGCGCCCGUUAGGCUCGCCAAGUAUAGCGGACCUCGAGGAUUCGGUUUCCCCACUCGCCGAGUUGCUAGAUUCCACGCUUGUAGGCGUACUUAAAGACCCAUCGGCAAAGGUAGACUCCGAUCGCCAGCGUGAUUUUCGGGCUUUUACUCAAUCUCAGUCACGCUCGAUCCUGGUUAGCACGGACACCGGGCCAACGUCGCCCCAAGCUGAGGUGGUCAAUUUUGUGAUCGAGUCGCUCUUCGCCCGCACUCCGGGGUAUCAGAAACCCCAACACUUGCUCACGCACGGCUAUGGUCCCCAUCGACCGACGGACCCGAGUAUUCUGGAAACCAGUAUUCUCGGCCUGGUUGCGCAGUUUCCGAAUAAGAAUGUGCGAACCCUGAAAGAAUCGCCAUGGACGGAUGUUUUGGGCCUUUUGGGCGAGAACGGUGAUGAGAUUAUGAUGAGGUUGUUAUUCGAUUGUGGUAUCUUUGCGCCUGUGAAUGUUCGGAGGGGUAUCUACUAUCAGCUAAGUGGACUACCACUAUCGGAACUUGAGCCCGUUGAUCCGAAAUGUCCCACGGCCUCGGAGUCCUCGAUAGAUCCAAAGCCCGCCAAGCCGGGGAAUAAAGACGGCAAGAGUCACAAAGGGAUUAAUGGCUCUAAUAGCAUUGUCUUCUCUCGCCGGCGUAUGUUCUAUGGCAGAUAUGGAGGUGAAAGUAGAGGAGAGGUGCGCUCUGGACUAGGCGACACGCAUGUACUCAAUCGAUACAAAUCUCUCGACUCGGAAGCGCAGACAGUUCAAGUGACAAACUACAUUUUUCCCCGGCAAUUCGGCCUCCAGAACGUGUUCACCUCGACAGCUAAUCGCAAUGGCAAUACACAAAACAUUGUUUUUCGCGAACCGGAAAUCUCUCAGCUCAUAGAGAAGGAGCAGCUACGCCGCCCUGCGGUAAGCGGUGAUCAGGUAAACGGGCACAAUGAAGAAGCUGCUCAUACCAAGCUGCCCAAGCGACUUCGUGGUCAGACCAUGGAGCUUGUUCGGAGACUUCGGAUUCGCCAUGCCAAAUGUUCGUAUCGGCAAUUAUUAGAUCAUUACUGCCCCGAUGAACUUGUUGAACCAUGGAAACUUGGCUCCGCGCCUCCUCUCGUGAAGAAGCGAGCAGAGAACAGCGAAACGGAAUUCUCGGUCGAGGAGAACUUGGUGACACAAGCCCCGUCCUCUACCAGGCUUUUUAACAAUAAGCCUGAUACACCCGAAGCCGCUGGGAACGCUACCAAAGGCAAAACAGCGGCUAGGCGAGGUCCGAAGCGCAAGGUCAAUCUGACUGAUUUUGCUACUCCCGCAUCUGCCGUCUCAGCGUUUUGUCGUGCUGUACUGCUCAAAGUCGUGCCACCUCAAUUUUUCGGAGAUGGUUUGGAGGGCUUGGCUAAUCGCAAGAUCAUCAUGAAGCAUGUCGAUACCUUCAUCAGAAUGCGUCGAUUCGAGAGUCCGAGUCUGCAUGAGGUGUGCAGUGGCCUGAAGAUCAUUCACAUCUCUUGGCUAGCACCCCUGAAGCUGCAGAAUUCAUCAGGCUCUAGCAAUGAAAAGCUCGCACUGUCAGAUUUCCAAAAACGCACAGAACUGCUGCAUGAGUUUGUUUAUUACAUCUUCGACUCAAUCCUGAUUCCCCUCGUCCGUACCAAUUUCUACGUCACCGAAUCUCAAACCCACCGCAACCGUCUCUUCUACUUUCGACAUGAUAUCUGGCGAAGCUUGACGGAACAGCCGAUGGCAGACCUCAAAGCAAACACAUUCGAGCAACUAAGCCCCGAAAUGGCCCACGUCAUGCUGGACAAGCGGUCUCUAGGGCUGGGUGCACUUCGGCUGCUUCCAAAGUCGACUGGGUUACGACCAAUCUUGAAUUUGAAGAAACGCUUCUUGAUGAAAUCCCAAUGGGGCAAUAACAAGACCUAUCUGGGGGCGAGCGUCAAUAGCAACCUGGCUCCUAUCUACAAUAUGUUGAGCUACGAACGUGAACGGUGUCCCAAGAAGCUGGGCUCGUCCUUGAUGUCGGUGGGAGAUAUGCACUCAAGACUGAAAGAGUUCAAGAACCAGCUCAGCCGGAAUACGUCAGUAUCGGCAGGACCAAAGGCUGGCCAUUUACCCCAACUCUUCUUCGUCAAGCUUGAUAUCCAAGCCUGCUUUGAUACCAUCCCACAGAAACAGUUGUUGCGUCAUGUUGAGCAGCUGGUCUCCGAGCAGGUUUACCAUAUCACCAGAUACGUGGCCAUGAACCCUGGUCUGCAUGGCAAAGCCAAACGGAGGUUCCUCGGGCGCGCUGCACCUCCGACCAAACAGCAGCAUUUUCCCGACCUCGCCGCUGGUGGUACGAGUGGCGCUGCCAACACCGUGUAUGUCGACACCAUCAAACAGAAAGAACACGAUGCAGAUGAGCUGCUGUGUCUCCUUGAGGAGCAUGUAAGCAAUAACUUGGUCAAGAUUGGCAAGAACUACUUCCGCCAGCGUAACGGCAUUCCUCAAGGCUCUGUGUUGUCCAGUCUGCUAUGUAAUUUCUUCUAUGCCCAGCUGGAACAGCAGGUCUUGAAUUUUAUCCAGCCUGAGGAUUCGCUGCUUCUUCGUCUGGUAGACGACUUCCUUCUCAUCACCACCGAUGUCAAUCAGGCUACCCAGUUUCUGCAAGUCAUGCAUCGUGGUCAGCCUGCGUAUGGUGUCUCGGUCAAUCCAACUAAGAGCAUGGUCAAUUUCACCACUUCAGUAGAUGGGAUCUACAUCCCCCGGCUCGAAGGUACAUCCCUUUUCGCAUACUGCGGAUGCCUGAUUGACACCCACACUUUGGAGAUCCACAAGGACCAAGAUCGCAUGCUGGAAGGCGGCGCCUCUGCCGCAGCGACACUCUCCAGCAUGUUAACCGUCGAGACAAGCCGUCACCCCGGUUGCUCCUUCCACCGCAAAAUGCUGUCAUUAUUGCGACCCCAAUUGCACUCCAUGUACCUAGAUGCUGACCACAACACCCGUGACGUCGUACUAUCCAAUCUCUACACGGGCUUCAUCACCGCCGCGAUGAAAAUGUACCGAUAUAUGAGAUCCCUCCGGCGCCGCGCCCAUCCCAAACACCCCAUCAUCAUCCAGACCAUCAAUGACCUGAUUCAGCAAACGGCCAACAUAAUCCAGUCUCGGCGAGCGUCUCGCCCAGCGCCGCUGACAUGCUUCGUGCAGCUGUCUCACCUGCAAUUCCUGGCCAGUGCUGCAUUCCGCUUUGUGCUAAGGCGGAAGCAAACACGGUAUGCGUCGGUGCUCCAAUGGCUGAACUCGCUGUGGAAGGCGUCGCGCCCGGCGACGGAUGCCGAAGCGGUGCGUCUGCUGCGGGUCAUGAGGAAGGGUGAUGCGCUAUUUGGAGCAUGGCGGUUCUAAGAAUAGUUUGGUUCAAGAAGGGGAAUAAAUUAUGCAAUACGGAGUACAGUACUAUAGCUGAGGGAGGUAAUCGAUAAUAAGAAUCAAUCAUAGCC